AUGGCUGCCAAGGACAUCCCUGCCGACCUCAAGAAGCAAAUGCAACGGUCAUUGGUGAAGCAUACGGAUAUUGCGGGAGAUACCAGGGGUGAAGUUGUGGACUUAAUUGUGGGGGCGAUCGAUAAGCAUGCCACCCCUGAAGGAGUCAACUUGGAGGCUGCAGCACAAUUGAUUAAAGAUUCUCUCGAUAAGCAAUACGGUCUAGCGUGGCAUUGCGUAAUCGGCAAAGGUUUUAGUUACGACAUCACUGCACAGAACGGUUCGUUGAUGCACUGCUUCUACCAAGGGGAUAUAGCCGUUUUGGUCUUCAAGUGCUGA